UUUGCGCGACCGUAACGCUGCCUCGGUCGGACGGUCGCCUUUGGUGUCUCAGGGACACCCGGAUUCUACUUUCUCUCGUUUUUCUUUAUAAACUCGUGUGAUGGCUUUACGGAUUUCCCGGCUGAUCGUGCGCUCGAGCGCGGUGGCGUUUAAAACCGUCUCACUCCCACAGACGGCCGGGAUUCACACAUGUCCAGUGCGACGUCUGAGAUACGGAUGGUGGGCGUAUGCUCUGGGCGAAAGGACCACGCCCAGAUUUAAGGAGAACAGCAAGAUUUUCUGUAUAGAUGGCAACCUGGCGUCUGGAAAAGGGGCUCUCGCUCAGAAACUGGCUGACCGGCUGGGGAUGCUGUACAUGCCUGAGCCUGACACUCACUAUGUUGACAAAAUGACUAAAGAGAAAGUCCCCCUGGAUUCAACCUUCAACGGGAACUGCAGCCUUGAGAAGUUCUACCUGGACCCCAAAGCCAGCGACGGAAACUCGUACCGUCUGCAGUCCUGGAUGUACCUGAUGAGGCUGCUGCAGUACUCAGACGCUGUCGAGCAUCUCCUCACCACGGGUCAGGGAGUCAUCCUGGAACGGUCUCCUUUCAGUGACAUGGUGUUUUUGGAGGCCAUGUUCAGCCAAGGCUACAUCCGGAAGCAGUGUGUGGAUCAUUACAACGAGAUUAAGCACAUCAGCAUCUGUGAGUUUUGGGCGCCUCACCUGGUCAUCUACGUGGACUCUCCUGCAGAGGAGGUCCAGAAGAAGCUUAAGGCUUCUGGAAAGCCUCAUCUCCAAAACUUACCCCUCUCCUACCUUAAGAGCAUCGAGACUGCAUACAAGAAGAACUUUUUGCCUAAGAUCAGUGAGGAGGCUGAAGUGCUCGCUUACGAUACAACCCAAGCACAGGACAUCGAGAAGAUUGCAGAGGAUAUCGAGUAUCUGAAGUUUGAAAAGGGCCCGUGGUUGGAGCAGGACGACGUCACCUUCCACCACAUGAGAAUCCUUGUUGAAGAUAAGCAGCGGGUGGCGAGCAUGACCUGCAUCCCCAGGUACAUCCCUGAGGUCACCAUCGGCGCUCACGAGUUUGACAAAGCCUACUACUCAUUCAGAUCGCUUCCAGGGAAACAGUACGCAGAGGGUUACAACGCAGACGCAGGAGACAAAGGCAUCUGGCUGAAGUGAGAACCUGCCUGAAGGAAAAGCCAUCUAGAGGAAUCCUCCAUCAUGCUGCUCUCUUAUUUGUCCACAUCAUAGAAGAGCGAUAAGUUAUCAGGAAAUGUAAUGCUGUUCUGUAAAUGUUAUUAAAUAAAUGGUAUAUGUUAAAAAUC